CGUGCGCAUGCUCGGAGCCCGCCCCGCUGCCCGCCGCCGCCUGUCCCUGCUCGGCAGCCGUAGCGGCGCGGGGCCGGCGGCAUGUUCCGCAUCGAGGGGCUGGGGCCCAAGAUGGACCCGGAGGAGCUGCGGCGGAAGAUGCGCCGCGACGUCCUCGCCUCCGUGCGCAACUUCCUCAUCUACGUGGCGCUGCUGCGGAUCACUCCUGUCAUCCUGAAGAAGCUUGGACAGUGUCUGAACAGCGUGCGAGGUGGCAAAGAAGACGCGGCUUCUGCAGACGUGAAAUGAACUGUAGCUGCUUUCCCUUUCGUGUUAAUUAAACGCUGUGCGAGAGACAGGCAUGCAGUCCUAAAUGGUGUUAAAAAAUGGACAUUGAAGCAUAUCUGACCUGAAAGUGAUAGCUUGGCUGGGAGUGUGGGGAAGAUGUCUGUUUCUCCUGCAGCUGACUUCUGGUCGCAGAGUACUCUGUACUACAGGAAGCAGUAUGUUAUGAUGGAAUACUUCUGGUACUGUUUUAAACAACAACAA